CGAUGUCGAUACUACUAACCCUGAGGACCCAUGCCUUUUGAUUGGUUUCUAAUUAUGCUUUUUAAUAGUGCCAUGCACCUGUUAGAAUUAAUACAUGUUAUGCUUAGAGUUGAAAGUAAUAAAAACAGCUCAAAUAGUUGUUGGUGGCAUCAAUAAGAGGAAAGGCUCUUGUUGUUGGAAAUUAUGGAAAAAAAGGGAAUUGCUUAUUGGCUCAGAGCACCAAAGUUAUCUUUGAAGACAACGUUGCCGAUAUAGCUAUCUGGAUAGGUUUUCCUCGGAUCAUCGUGAUUCAAACAAUUGGACCUUGAUGGAGGAAUUCCAUUUUGCUUGAUGGGAGAUCAUGCUUUACACCUAACAAGUCAAUUUUUCUAUUGUUGUGUAAGGAAAAAAGUAGUUGAGCGUUAGAAUGUGCGGGAAUGUAAGGAAAAAAGUCAUUAUAUUGACUCAUCUUUCUUUGAAUGUGCAAAUCAACCUUUCUAUUAACUUUAACAAUGAUUGGGAACAAAUUAGUGCAUAUUCAAGAAUGCAUCAGGGAUGACAAAACUCUCCGAUACAUAGAGAUCCCCGCGGGAAUCGCCCCAAAUGGAGAUCCGAAGGGGGAGAAUUUUUCCUACGGGGAUGGGGAUGUGGGACAAAAUUCCCCUGAAGCAGGUGCGGGUACCUGAGUGGUGAUCUCUGCCCUAUCCCCACUAAUCUACGAAAUUUAUUUGUACGCCAUCCCCCCACCUCACCUCUCUGCUCCCAACCCGCCGCCACUCUCCUUGCUCCCGUGCUCUCCUCUCCGCUUGUGUCCGCAGUCCGCUGCACCGCCCCCCACCUCGUCCGCUGCUCCGUGCUCUACGUCGUCGCUCGUUGUCCGUGUGAAAGAAGCCACCGUCUGCCGUCGGCAGCAUUGCCGUCACAGCCGUCGGUUGUCCCUCCCCCUCCUCCACUUCUGAUUGGAUACUCUCGCCCUCUUUGUAUUUUAUUGCACUAAAGGGACAAAUAUGGGAGGCAUAGAAAUUAUUGAUUUAUCUAGUGAUGAUGAGAGUGAAAAGGUCAUUCCCAUAGCGGUGAAGCAGGAGCCAGAUCUUGUUUUGGAUGUAAAGCAAGAAAAAUCGACUAAUAAAGGUCAACUGGCCAAUCGAAAUGGAUCUCGCAUUCAUUCUGUUCGACAAGAUUCUGAAAAUAAUAUGUUCUCUAAUAUUCCAAGGAACGGCCUGGUAGCUAAUCAGUGGUUGCCACCAGGUGAUGAUUCAGACAUUUCUUAUGCGUCACCCAUUUGUGCAGCACCCCUUACUAGGCAGUUUUGGAAAGCUGGGACUUACGAUGAUGGGCCUGCUUGUAAAAAAGUCACAGUCCAAAAUGCCAAAAACUAUCUACAUGUACACCCUAUGUUCCUUCACUCGAAUGCAACUUCACAUAAGUGGGCAUUUGGUGCCAUAGCAGAGCUUCUCGAUAAUGCAGUUGAUGAGAUCCAAAAUGGGGCUACCUUUGUCCUUGUAGAUAAAACUUCAAAUCCAAAGGAUGGAAGUCCAGCAUUGCUGAUUCAAGAUGAUGGUGGUGGAAUGGAUCCAGAAGCAAUGAGGCAUUGCAUGAGUUUUGGAUUUUCAGAUAAGAAGUCAAAGCUGGCUAUUGGGCAGUAUGGUAAUGGCUUUAAGACCAGUACUAUGAGGCUUGGGGCUGAUGUCAUUGUCUUCAGUCGGCAUAUGAGUAAUGGGAUAUUGACGCAAAGCAUUGGACUUCUGUCAUAUACAUUUUUGGUGCAAGAAAAGCUUGACAGAAUAGUAGUACCCAUGGUAAACUAUGAGUUUAAUUCGUCAACUGGAUCAUUGGAGAUAUUAAAUGGCAAAGAGCAUUUUGUCACCAAUUUAUCUUUGAUUUUGCGCUGGUCUCCAUACUCCUCAGAAGAGGAACUUCUUGGACAAUUUAAUGACGUUGGAUCUCAUGGUACUAAAGUCAUUAUCUACAACUUGUGGCUCAAUGAUGAUGGGAACUUGGAGCUAGAUUUUGAUACGGAUCCCGAGGAUAUACGAAUUGCUGGGGAUGUAAGGAAGAUUGACACAAUUCCUGCCUGGCGGGAAGCAAAUGAGAAACAUAUUGCUCAUCGGUUCCGUUUCUGUUUACGUGUUUAUAUGUCAAUAUUGUACUUGCGGAUACCAGAAACUUUUCAUAUGUUUUUGAGAGGCAUAGUUGUGCAGCCACAUAACAUUGCUGAUGAUCUUAAAUAUCCUGAAUUUAUCUUGUAUAAACCACAAGUUGGUGGAACCGUGGAGGCAACAGUUGUGACAACAGUUGGAUUCCUUAAGGAAGCUCCUCGAGUCAUUAUGCACGGUUUCAAUGUAUAUCACAAAAGUCGGCUAAUACUGCCAUUUUGGCAGGUUGUGAACUAUUUAGACAGUAGAGGCAGAGGAGUUGUUGGUAUCCUGCAAGCGGAUUUUGUUGAGCCAACUCAUAAUAAGCAAGAUUUUGAGAAAACUUCUUUGUUUCAAAAGCUUGAAGCACGAUUGAAGGAAAUGACAUGGGAAUACUGGGACGUGCAUUGUAGAUUGCUCGGGUAUCGCGAAAAAUAUCCAGUUCCUAAAGCGAAACAAGCCGAACUCAAUAGAAGUUCCUACUCUGUUGAUGCUAAAGCAGCAAAUGAAAAUGCUGAACUACGCAAGAGAACCAUGCGAAACACAUCUGAGCAAGGAUCUAAUAACAAGAGGAAGAUAUAUGAAUCGGUAGACCUCCAUAAUUCGAAAAAGCAUGCAAAGGAAGAGAAUAUUAAAGGUGUUGGCUUAUCUCAGAAUAUGCAGGUUAUUCCGUCUCCUGCGGAGCAGAUGCUAGACCAAGAGACCUUAAUAUUAUUGGAAGAAAACCAGAAACUACGGACAAAAUGUUUGGAAUCUGAAAAGAUACAAGAAGAACUUAAUCUUAAGGUAACAGAUCUUAGAAGUAAAAUAGAAGAAGCCAGAGGGCAGCAUAAUCUACUAUUGGCUCAACUACAACUGCUAGAUGUGAAAGAUUAGUACUACUUGUAGUAGUAGUUGUAGGUGUAGCUGUAACAAUUGGCAGUGCUCAAAUUCUUUUAUUUGUACAAGUGUUGUACCAUAUGUAUAGUUUCACUUUCACACGCUAGGUAGGUGUGUAGCUAGCCAAUUCUGGUUUUUAGAGGGGCAUAGUGGUCAAUGCUGUAAGCUAGUUUGGUUUAUAUGCCUUGGUUAGUCUUCAUUUCAAGGUUUGUAACAUCAGGGGUUUUUUGGUAAGUUAAGAAAUUUAGCCACAAAAGCUGAAGAUUUUUCUCUUCUGUAUACAUGUAACAUGAUAAACCAUUAUUUGUGAAAUGAGCAAGGCAAUCUUUUCGUCU